GUAGGAAACAAAAACACGAACCCCAUUUUCCUGCCCAAAAACGUUGGCCACCACCACACCACCAUCAACCAAACCCCCCAUUCGAGAGGGAAUACCGUGUCUCGUAAUUUUCAAACAAAACCCCUUCAAAUCCGUUCUUUUCUGCCCAUAAUUUCAUUUUUAUGGGUGUCACAAUGCAUGUCAAAUCUGACUCCGAUUUGACCAGUGUUGAAGCUCUAACGCCGCCGCGAUCACCUCGCCGGCCGCUCUACUACGUUCAGAGUCCGUCAAACCACGAUGCCAACGACAAGAUGUCAUUUGGGUCUAGCCCAUUUGGGUCUCCAGGUCACCCAACUCACUACCACUGUUCUCCGAUUCACCAUUCCCGUGAAUCCUCUACUUCCAGGACGUUUUCUGCCUCCAUCAAGAACGCCGUCGUUAGGGCCCAUCACCAGGGCCACGCCGGAAGAGCUCUUUCUCCCUGGAAGAGGAUCGAGGAUGGUGAGGUGGAUGAGGAUGACGACGACGACGGUGAUGAUGGUGGUGGGUUUCCUCGCAGGUUUUACGUCAUAUGGUUCGUGCUGUCGUUCGUCGUCUUGUUUACUAUCUUCUCUUUGAUUUUGUGGGCGGCUAGCUUUCCCUACAAACCCAAAGUUUUCGUUAAGAGCAUGGUGUUUGACAACUUUAAUGUCCAAUCUGGGAUGGAUGCAACAGGCGUACCAACAGAUAUGUUAACUUUGAAUUCAACAGUCAAGAUCUUUUACCGGAAUCCGGCAACAUUCUUUGGCGUCCACGUGACUGUAACUCCUAUCGAAAUUCAUUAUUUCCAACUCAAGCUUGCUUCUGGCUAUGUGAAGAAGUUCUACCAAUCAAGAAAGAGCCAAAGGGUGAUCAUGGCGCAAGUUUUAGGGUAUCAAAUGCCGCUAUAUGGUGGGGUGUCGCCUUUCAAUGCCGCUAUUGGCCACCUGAAGAGUGUUACGGUUCCGGUUAACGUGACGUUCGGGCUGAGGUCAAGAGCGUACAUCUUGGGGAGGCUGGUCAAACCCAAGUUCUAUAGACAUGUUUCGUGCCAAGUUACAUUAAGAGGUAACCAACUCGGCAAGCGUGUUAAUUUGACCGAUUCUUGCACUUAUCAUGAUUGAUUCGAGGAAAUAUUUCCGAUGUUUUUGUUUGAGUAGGCGGCACGAGUACAUAAUUGAUGUGUUAAAGU